CAGGGCCGAGCGCCUGCGGGAGCCGAGCGCAGCCGAGGGCGGAGCGGGACGGUGCCGAGAGGAAUUGAGUCCAGGCCUCUGCAGGAUGGACCUUGGAGCAGCUCUACUGCCCGCCCCUCCGCUGGCUGCGUGACACAGACAAAUCUUCAUUAGACUCAUCGUUAGGAAAAAAGCUAGCCAGGAACCCACACGCAUUCUGAGGAUUUACCGAGUCAACCCACAGACACCCAGCCCAGUGUCCAGCUUUCGGCUGCAGCUUCCACAGGUCAGCUAUUGUGAAGAGAGCACGGGACGCUUAAUUCUUCAGGGAGGUCAGGCCCCGCGGCACCCAAGUGCCGGGUGGGGGUGGAACGUUUCGGGUGCGUCUCGACCUCCCCUGUGCCCGCCCCCAAGCCUGCGGAUUCGCUUUCGGUUGGGCAAGCCGUGGGUCCGGGGACGCUGACUCUUGACCAGCAGCAGAUGUCGCUGCCCUCCCCUGGUACCCAGCUGCGCUUGCAGCUGGUUCUCACUUGCAACUACUAAGGAGAAAUGGCCGGGACGGGGAAACACAGCGACCCGGUGCACGGGCAGCGAAAUCUCUUCACCGCUUUCACCUGAAGUUCCAAGGCGGCUUAGCUCCCUCUCCUGACAUCCCUGUCGCUCAGGCGGAUCUCCGCCCCCUAACCCCACCCCCGAGGCUGCUCCGCCCCUCCGGCAGGGCGAGGCCCGGAUUGGACAGCUCCGGGGGUGGGCGUGGCCGAUGGGAGCGCCGGGACCUCAGGAGCACCGCGGUGGUCUCGGAGGCUAGAGGAUACUGGGGGACGUGCGAGGGGUCCCAGCAGGUGGUUCCCGUCGCCGCGUUUGAGAUUCGAACCUGAGACCGAAGCCGGAGCCCUCCACCGGGAAGGAGCGCGGAGAGGGCGGGAUUUCCGCCGGGAGGGAUCCGGCCGCUCAGGGGGUGGGGCUUCCCCGACAGGGCUGCGCUUCCCGCGUGCGGGGCCGGGUGCCGUGGGUCCCUGCAGACGGCCUCCGCGCCCGCCCCCGGACGGCCAAGGAUGACCACGCUCACGCGCCAAGACCUCAACUUUGGCCAAGUGGUGGCCGACGUGCUCUCCGAGUUCCUGGAAGUGGCCGUGCACCUGAUCCUCUAUGUGCGCGAGGUCUACCCGGUGGGCAUCUUCCAGAAGCGCAAGAAGUACAACGUGCCGGUUCAGAUGUCCUGUCACCCGGAGCUGAACCAGUAUAUCCAGGACACACUUCACUGCGUCAAACCACUCCUGGAGAAGAAUGAUGUGGAGAAGGUGGUGGUGGUGAUUUUGGAUAAGGAACACCGCCCAGUGGAGAAGUUUGUCUUUGAGAUCACUCAGCCGCCCUUGCUGUCCAUCAGUUCAGACUCCCUCCUGUCUCACGUGGAGCAGCUGCUGCGAGCCUUCAUCCUGAAGAUCAGUGUAUGUGACGCUGUCCUGGACCACAACCCUCCAGGCUGCACGUUUACAGUCCUUGUGCACACAAGAGAAGCUGCCACUCGAAACAUGGAGAAGAUACAGGUCAUCAAGGACUUCCCAUGGAUCCUGGCAGACGAACAGGACGUUCACAUGCAUGACCCUCGGCUGAUACCCCUAAAAACCAUGACAUCAGACAUUUUAAAGAUGCAGCUCUAUGUGGAAGAGCGAGCUCAUAAAAACAGCUGAGGGAGCGCCUACCCCAUGAUGUCCAGCUGUUCCACUCGGGCCCCUGCCCAGGGAGGUGCUGCAGGGCCCCGACUCCAAGUGCUCUUACCGCCUUGACAUGUGGCCGCCCCUCUGGUUGGGCUCCUCAGCCCUGCUUGCCUUCAUGAGGCAGCCUUCCCAGGAGGCUUAGGAAGGAUGCCAGGACAGUUGUCACUUCUCAGCAGCCUCCUGGGGCUCAGCUGGCUAACACUGUCCAUCUGAAAUACUGUGCCGUGAGUUAUUGUUAAUAAAGAGCCCCCAAGGGCUGACUGCAUUGUCA